AUGGCCACAAAGAAGAAGGUUUUAUUGAAGGUUAUCAUUUUGGGAGAUACUGGUGUAGGAAAGACAUCUCUCAUGAAUCAAUAUGUUAACAAGAAGUUUAGCAAUCAAUAUAAAGCUACUAUUGGUGCUGAUUUCCUUACUAAAGAAUUGAUGGUCGAUGAUCGUGUCGUAACCAUGCAGAUCUGGGAUACUGCUGGUCAAGAGCGUUUCCAAAGUUUGGGUGUUGCAUUCUACCGUGGUGCCGACUGUUGUGUAUUGGUAUAUGAUGUCAAUGUCGCCAAGACAUUUGAGAAUCUCGACUCAUGGCGUGAUGAGUUCCUCAUCCAAGCUGGUCCACGUGAUCCAGACAACUUCCCAUUCGUCGUAUUGGGUAACAAGAUAGAUUUGGAGAACCAACGUGUCGUAUCACAAAAGCGUGCUGCUUCAUGGUGCCAGAGCAAAGGUAACAUCCCAUACUUUGAAACCUCUGCCAAGGAGGCCAUCAACGUCGAACAAGCUUUCCAAACCAUCGCCAAAAACGCCAUCAAAUUGGAAGACGGUUUGGUUUUCCCAAUUCCACCAGGAAUUCAAGUUCAACCAGAACAAACUCAAACCAAAUCAUCUUGCUGUUAA